GGGAAGUGGGGGGGCAUGGGAAGAAGGGAGCAACAGAGACUGGGUCAGGGGCGGGUCCUUCCGGUUUCCCGAAAACCCCCGCGGCCGCCGGCUGGAUUGAAGGUGAAGCCGGGCGAGAUGGCGUUCUGCGCCCCGGGCGCCUAUCUGACCCACCAGCAGAAGGUGCUGCGGCUCUACAAACGGGCGCUCCGCCACCUCGAGUCCUGGAUAGUCCACAGGGAUGAAUAUCGGUUCCAAGCUUGUUUGCUGAGAGCUCGGUUUGAAGAACAUAAGAAUGAAAAAGACAUGGUAAAAGCCACCAAACUGCUUAUGAAGGGUGAGGAAGAAUUUUGGGCUUAUCAGCAUCCUCAACCAUAUAUCUUCCCUGAUUCCCCGGGAGGCACUUCCUUUGAAAGAUAUGAGUGUUACAAGGUUCCUGAGUGGUGCUUAGACUACUGGCAUCCGUCUGAGAAGGCGAUGUACCCUGAUUACUUUGCCAAGAGGGAGAAAUGGAAGAAAUUGCGCUUGGAAAGUUGGGACCGUGAGGUUCAGCAGCUGAAGGAGGAAACUCCACUUGAUGGUCCUAAGACUGAAGCUCUGCCCCCAGCACGAAAGGAAGGUCAUUUACCACCACUAUGGUGGCAUAUUGUCACUAGGCCCCGAGAGCGCCCUUCAGAAUAACAAUCACACACUUUAAACUUUCAAGUGUGUAUAUUGAGUAUGUAGAUACACAUGUACUUGACAUAAUAAAGUUACUAAUCUGAUGUUA